GCGCCACGGGCCCCCCAUGCAUACGUACAUUCCUGGACACCCUCACCACCCAACAGUGAUGAUGCAUGGAGGACUGCCCCACCCUGGAAUGCCAAUGUCAGCAUCAAGCCCCACGGUCCUUAACACAGGAGACCCAACAAUGAGUGGACAAGUCAUGGACAUUCAUGCUCAGUAGCUUAAGGGAAUACGCAUGGUCUGCAAUGGUGACUGAUUUCAAAUCAUGUUUUUUUCUGCAAUGACUGUGGAGUUCCAUUCUUGGCAUCUACUUUGGACCAAGGAGCAUCCCUAAUUCUUCCUAGGGACUCUUAAAAAAAGCAGGAGAUACCAACCGAAGUCAAUCUGGGGGACAUGCUAAAUAACUAUAUAAGACAUUAAGAGAACAAAGAGUGAAAUAUUGUAAAUGCUUAUUAUACUGUUAUCCAUAUUACGUUGUUUCUUAUAGAUUUUUUAAAAAAAAUGUGAAAUUUUUCCACACUAUGUGUGUUGUUUCCAUAGCUCUUCACUUCCUCCAGAAGCCUCCUUACAUUAAAAAGCCUUACAGUUAUCCUGCAAGGGACAGGACGGUCUGAUUUGCAGGAUUUUUAGAGCAUUAAAAUAACUAUCAGGCAGAAGAAGCUUUCUUCUCGCCUAGGAUUUCAGCCAUGCGCGCUCUCUUCUCUCUCUCUCUCUCUCUCUCUCUCUCUCUCUCUCUCUCUCUCUCCCUCUCUCCCUCUCUCUUUUUUCCUCUCUCUCCCUCUCUCUAGCCUGGGGCUUGAAUUUGCAUGUCUAAUUCAUUUACUCACCAUAUUUGAAUUGGCCUGAACAGAUGUAAAUCGGGAAGGAUGGGAAAAACUGCAGUCAUCAACAAUGAUUAAUCAGCUGUUGCAGGCAGUGUCUUAAGGAGACUGGUAGGAGGAGGCAUGGAAACCAAAAGGCCGUGUGUUUAGAAGCCUAAUUGUCACAUCAAGCAUCAUUGUCCCCAUGCAACAACCACCACCUUAUACAUCACUUCCUGUUUUAUGCAGCUCAAAAACAUAGACUGAAGAUUUAUUUUUAAUAUGUUGACUUUAUUUCUGAGCAAAGCAUCGGUCAUGUGUGUAUUUUUCCAUAGUCCCACCUUGGAGCAUUUAUGUAGACAUUGUAAAUAAAUUUUGUGCAAAAAGGACUGGAAAAAUGAACUGUAUUAUUGCAAUUUUUUUUUGUAAAAGUAGCAGUUUGGUAUGAGUUGGCAUGCAUACAAGAUUUACUAAGUGGGAUAAGCUAAUUAUACUUUUUGUUGUGGAUAAACAAAUGCUUGUUGAUAGCCUUUUUCUAUCAAGAAACCAAGGAGCUAAUUAUUAAUAACAAUCAUUGCACACUGAGUCUUAGCGUUUCUGAUGGAAACAGUUUGGAUUGUAUAAUAACGCCAAGCCCAGUUGUAGUUGUUUGAGUGCAGUAAUGAAAUCUGAAUCUAAAAUAAAAACAAGAUUAUUUUUGUCA